AUGCGGCCGGAGAAAAGCAUCGAAACCGAAAUCGGCUUACAAAAACCCAUACUAUCACAAUCAAAAUCAACGGCCCGAUGUAAUUUCAACGGAGGCAUAAUCAUAGAAGUCACAAGCGUCACAGAAGCCAUCUUAGCACAAACCGCCGGCGCUUCUUGCGUCGUCGCCGUCGAGAAAUUCCACGACGGAAUCAACCGAAUGUCCGAUCCUUCAUUCAUCUUGCAAAUCAAGAAAGCAGUUUCCAUACCCGUAAUGGCCAAAGCCAGAGUCGGCCAUUCAAUCGAAGCAAAGAUCUUAGAAGCAAUCGGCGUCAACUUCAUCGACGAAAACGAACUUCUCGGCAUUGCAGACCGACAAAAUUUCACCGACAAAAAAAAACUAAAGACUCCGUUCGUUAGCGGUUGCAGAGACAUUGGUCAAGCUCUUAGAAGUAUAAAAGCAGGGGCGAUAAUGAUAAGAUUACAAGGAACAGGAGAUAUUUCAGACACGGUUGAAAUCAUAAAAAGUAUGAAAGAAGAAAUCGAUGUUAUAACGUACAUGGAAGAACACAGAACAUUGAAUUAUGCUGAAAGAACUAGGGUUACUCAAGACGUUGUAAUGCAGACUAAGAAACAGAGGAGGUUGCCGGUUCUUCAGUUGGCGUCGGGAGGGAUAAUUACUCCGGCUGAUGUUGCGUUUAUGAUGGAAUUGGGUUGUGAUGGAGUUUUUGUGGGAUCGGAGAUAUUUGAUGGUAAGGAUCCGUUUGGGAGAGCUGUUGCGUUGGUGAAGGCGAUGAAGCAUUAUAAAGAUCCGAAAGUUUUGGCUGAGAUUAGUUGCGGGUUCUUUAGGGAGAUCAAAAAGGAAAGUGAAUUGAAAAGUUCUAUUGAAGAUGAAGUUGAAGUUGAUUAA